AUGCCACCAGACUGCGAACCUGAAGGUGACGCCGAUCUUUACGGUUUAGGCGUUCGGAUAGCAUCGUACAUAUCAUGGUUCACCACUGUUGUUGCAUAUCACAAAUGGCCAGACAAAACAAUCGACUCGCUCAUGGUCAACUGCAUUCUGCAGUUCUCAUUGCUAGUCGCCACGAUAUACAAGAUUGCUGCCCAUACUGCCCAUACAGGCGAGGUGUUUCUCAUGACCUUUUUCGGAGCAGGAGGAGGAUUCGCCAUCAUGAUCGAGACGCUGAUAGAAAAGAAAACAUCAGGAUUUGGGUCGACUAAAUUCGCUGAGUUUCUUCGAGCCCUCCUGCUACUUGCUUACGGUGUACUCAGUGUAUGGUUCUGGUACCGCGGUCGUGAUGUACUGGUAGGUUUCUUAACUCCAGUCGACGUAGAUAUCGGAUGA